AUGAUGAUGACGAGCCACGAACAAGUCCUCAGAUUCUACAACGGCCGAGGCCCUCCUCUCCAGCAGAUCACGCCUGCUCGCGUCGAGUUCCUAUCUCGACGGUACCAUGGAUUAGUGUCAGAUCACCGAACUUCAUCGGUCGAGUCUCGGGCGCACAUCCAGAAUGGUGCGGCCGAGCGAGACUUCCCAUCGCUGGCAGAUCAUGGCGAUGAUCACGGAACUCACGAUCGCCCGGUGCAGCCAGCGAUUAUGGAGACGGACCCAUCAUCGCCGUCGGCUUUGAUCAAGAGCCCUUACAGUGCCAAGUUCAAGAGAGCGCUGCAGUGGCCAGAGGCCGAAUCCCGAGUCUCGACGACGACCCGCGGAGAGAAGAUUGCGGGCCCGGGAGACGAGCACCGCUUGAUCGUACCGCCCUACGGCACGUCGUCUUCCAUCCGCAUCCCGGAGGUGGAGCUCGUCGACGGCUUCAAGCGCGUCAUGGCCAGUCCCAAGAUCCUCAACGUGACCACCACCACCGCCGCCACUGCGGGCGAUGAUCGCGACGACGAGUCUAUCCGCGGGCUCGGCAGCGAUUCUACGUCGACGGAGAUUAUCGCCUCCCCUGUCGUUGAUGGGAAUCGUGGUAGCGUCUUCAUCGAUAGGCAUAUCGCGAGGAGCUUGAAUGCGACGGCUUCUCUCGAUCUGAACAACAGCAGCAGCAGCGCGAUUCCAGACGGCAUGAAUCCAGCCGACAGUCCUUUAUAUGGUAGGGCUCAACUUUAUAUGCUGUUUGUGAUCGCGGCAGGUGUGUUUAUCCUGGCGGUCGCGAAAAUGCUUAUUAGGGCCUACCAUAGAAUUACUGCUGCUGCUGCUGGUUCUGGUUCUGGCGGUGGUGGCGCUGCACGCGAAGGCGCGGAACAGACCGCUUAG